CGACGUGAGGAUUGAAUCGUUUAUUUCAUUGAACAUCUUCUGUUACAUGUUCUUUGUUAAUUGUUGAUUCCUAACCAUUUUUUAUUUUAAACAGUACGAAACAUAGCACAGAGGAUAGAGAUACAUCCAGCAAAAAUGUUUAAAAAGUUUGACGAAAAGGAAAAUGUCUCCAACUGUAUUCAGCUAAAGACGUCUGUAAUCAAAGGCAUUAAGAAUCAGCUUGUUGACCAGUUCCCUGACAUCGACCCAUGGCUCAAUCAGAUCAUGCCCAAAAAGGAUCCAGUCAAAAUUGUCAGAUGUCACGAACACAUUGAAAUUCUGACAGUAAAUGGUGAGCUGCUCUUCUUCAGGCAGAGAGAAGGACCUUUCUACCCAACCCUGCGACUCCUUCACAAAUAUCCUUUCAUUCUUCCACACCAACAAGUUGAUAAAGGAGCGAUCAAGUUUGUUCUCAGUGGAGCGAAUAUCAUGUGCCCCGGGCUGACGUCACCAGGAGCGAAACUCUACCCUGCUGAUGUGGACACAGUAGUUGCAAUAAUGGCAGAAGGCAAGCAGCAUGCGCUCUCUGUGGGUGUGAUGAAAAUGUCUGCAGAGAACAUAGAGAAGGUCAACAAGGGGAUUGGGAUCGAGAAUGUUCAUUAUCUCAAUGAUGGACUGUGGCACAUGAAGACAUAUAAGUAAUAACAACAUAAAAUGUAUGUUAUUAAAAUCUCUGACCUGCCAGACACCAUUCUCUGCCUGUCUGCUGUACAUCAACGGUAAACCACGCUGAAGAUUAAGAACCCAAUGCACUAAUAAAACCUGCAUUCAAGC